AAACAAAUGAGCUGUAGGCCGCGUGCGUGCAGGGGAGGCUCGACUCGAGAGCUGCGUUUAGUCAGAGGUACAGGAGGAGGUUGAGCUACAAUAAAUUACGCUUUAUAACAAAGUCUGAACGCUAAACUACGGUAUUUAUUGGAUGUGAAACUGAGAUUUGGGACAUAUGGAGCACAUUUUACCCUUUCAUCCUAAGCACAUUUUAUUUUCACACUCCUGAGGGAAAUGGGGAACGUAAUAUCAGAGCAACCCAACUUUCUAUCCAACCUUCCAUUCGGUAAUGCUCCACACAUCACCAUCCUGGGCCUGGACUCUGCAGGAAAAACUACCGUGCUGUACCGUCUCCAGUUCAACGAGUUUGUCAACACUGUCCCCACCAGAGGUUUCAAUGCAGAAAAAGUCAAAGUACCUUUCGGAGACUCGCGAACAGUGACGUUUCACUUCUGGGACGUCGGUGGCCAGGAAAAGCUGCGUCCCCUGUGGAAGUCUUACACACGCUGCACGGAUGGUAUCGUGUUUGUUGUGGACUCUCUGGACGCUGAGAGAAUGGAAGAGGCCAAAACUGAACUUUACAAAAUCGCGCGUUCCUCUGAGAAUCAAGGCGUGCCCGUGUUGAUUAUUGCCAACAAGCAGGACUUGAGACAGGCUCUGUCCCUUUCACAGAUAGAGACCAUGCUGGCGUUAAAUGAACUGGGACCUGGCACUCCAUGGCACCUGCAGCCCACCUGCGCCAUUAUUGGUGACGGUCUCAGAGAAGGACUGGAAAGACUUUAUGACAUGAUCUUGAAAAGAAGGAAGAUGCUCAAACAGCAAAAGAAGAAAAAAUAGAAAGUAAAUGUAUUAUAUGUAAAAAAAAACAAGCGAAAUGCAAAUUAAUAAUUGCCAAUUUUUACAUGCCAGAAAUUGGUUAGGGAGCACUUUAGUUGUUCAAAUUCUUGUUUACUACUGCAGUUGUUUACUAUCUAUCAUUUCCUUUUAAAAUGUAUAAACUAAAUAUAAAGCUUAAGUUGUUUGUGUAUUGCCACACUAAAAGGUGAUUCUUUUGCAAUUUGCAAUAAAAAGGCUUUCUCUGUUUA